UUUUAAACAGGACUAGCGGCUUCACCAAGAUGGGGCCCUACGAACUGGAACGAGACAGUUUUUACGUCAAUGGUUAUAAUGAAGCCCACCUGCAACCGGCUGUCCCGCCCACCCCAAUAGCCAACAAUUUCACCGUGAAUAUCACCGUCACCAACCUCAGAUACAGGCCACAGAUGAGAGAUCGCAGUUCAGAGGUCUUUGCUUCUGCGGCCAAGGUGCUCAGCACCCUGUUUGGUAGAGUCGCCGUUGCCACCAGCAUCGGUCCGACGUUCUCCGGAUGCGAGGUGACAUCGUUGAAAUCCAUGCGGAACGGAGACACCGGGAUGGACGCCCUCUGCAGCUACCGGAACAACUCCGACGGGCCCAUCUUCGACCGCGUGACCUUGUAUCGCGAGGUCGUCAACAAGACCACCGGCUUCACCGAAAUGGGACCCUACACCCUGGAUCGAAACAGCCUCUACAUCAAUGGUUAUAAUGAAGCUGUCCUGCCAAGAACUGUUGACAAUUUCACGGUGAAUUUCACCAUCAUCAACCUCAGACAUAGGCCACAGAUGGAAAACCAUGGUUCAGAUAUCUUCCACUCCACCGCAGUGGUGGUCACCACGUUGCUUGGUGGGAUACUCAACAGCACCAUGAGUAUUGGUCCAGCUUACUUGGGAUGCAACGUCACAAUGCUAAGACCUGUAGGAAAGAGGGGAGACACAGGAGUUGACUCCGUCUGCACUUACCGAAAUGUCUCCCAGUUGGAGAAGACAAAACUGUACCACGAAAUCAUUAACAGGACCAACGUUUUCACCAAAAUGGGGCCCUAUAGGUUGAGUCAGAACAGCCUUUUUGUCAACGGUUACCAUGAAGCAAUCCACCCCACAGAGGGCAACUUCACAGUCAACUUCACCGUAACCAACCUCAGGUAUCGGUCUGAGAUGGGAAACCCUCAGUCAAGGGUGUUCAGCCUGUCCAGAAACACAGUCGCUGGAAUGCUGGAUCACAUAUCAGAGAAAAGCAGCAUCGGCCCUUUGCUGACGGGAUGCAGUGUUUCCAAUUUAAGAUCCAUUGACGAGAGAAAGAAAACUGGAGUGGAUGGAGUCUGCAACUAUCAGAAAGACCCGACAAUGCCCACUUUUGACCGAGUGCGGGUAUAUCACGAGUUUAUCAACACAACAGAUGGGUUCACCAAGAUAGGGCCCUAUACACUCGACCGGGAAAGUCUUUUUGUAGAUGGUUAUCAUGAACCACCAAUAGAGCAGCAGGGCUUCAUCCCAUUGAGUAACCGCCCUGCAGGAAUUGAACAAUUCACAACAAAUUUCUCUGUCAUCAACCUCCGAUACAGACCAGCCAUGAGUGAUCCCCGAUCCACAAUCUUUGAUUCCACACAACAGGUUUUUACCACCUUGAUGGGUCGAACGUUUAAAACAAGCAGCAUUGGGCCGGCUUUCAUGAGAUGCAACGUUACGACUCUUAGAUCUUUGUCCGCUGGGACCGGCACUGGGGUAGACUCGGUCUGCGCUUACAGAAGAGAAGCUACGGCGCCCUCCUUCGACCGACUGGCGGUGUACCACGAAGUCGUGAACAAGACCCAAGGCUUCACGAAACUGGGGCCCUAUGAGUUAGAUAAAACCAGCCUCUUUGUGAAUGGUAAAUUGUGGGUUAUUGCUCCUUGA